AUGAUCACGUUUAGCAUCGUCGACGCGGCCCAGGGCGUCGAGGCGCAGACGCUCAAGGUCGCCGACGCGGCGCGGGCCGCGGGCGUGCCGCUGUUGGCCGCCUGCUCCAAGGUCGACCUGCCCACGGCGAACGCCGUCGACGUCGCGUUGGACGUCGCCGCGCGGGGCUUGGUCGAGGACCCGGAGGCCGUGCUCGCCGUGAGCGCCAAGAGCGGCCUCGGCGUCGCGGACGUGCUCGACGCGGUCUGCGGCGCGUUCCGACCGCCCGCCGACGACGGCGCGCGGCGGCGGCCGCUCCGCGCGCGCGUCCUCGACAGCCGCUACGACCCGCGAAGGGGCGUCGUCUCCGUGCUACGCGUCGUCGACGGCGAGCUCCGCGAGGGCGACCGCGUGCGCUUCAAGAGCGCCGACGGCCGGUCCUACGGCGUCCAGGAGCUCGGGCUGCUGACGCCCGCGCAGCAGCGGACCAAGGGGCUCGUCGCGGGCUGCGUCGGCUACGUCGCGUGCGGCCUCCGCGACGUCCGGGACGCGCGCGUCGGCGACACGCUCGUCGCCGACUCGGAGGCCGGGGCGGACGCGGCGCCCCUGCCGGGCGGCGUCGCGCCGUCGGCGCCGGCGCUCUACGCGAGCGUCUUCCCGCCCGACGGCGCGGCCUUCGACGACAUGGCGAAAGCCGUCGAGCGCCUCGCGGUCAACGACGCGUCCGUGUCCAUCGCGCGGGAGCCGCCGCGCGCGUCGCUGGGCCUGGGCUUGCGGUUGGGCUUCCUGGGCCUCCUGCACCUCGACGUCUUCCGGCAGCGGCUCCGCGACGAGUUCGCCGAGGACGUGCUCUUCACGGCGCCGCUCGUGCCCUACCGCGUGCGCUGGCGCGACGGCACGACGACGGAGCUCGCGACGCUCGACGACUGGCCGAGCGCCGAGGAGCAGCGCGCGGCCGUCGACGCGAUCCUGGAGCCGUCGGUGACCGUCGACGUGGCCGCGCCGCGCGACCACCUCGGCGCCGUGCUCGAGGUGUUGGAGAACGCGCGCGGCGCGCAACGGUCGCUCGACGUCGACGGCGACCGCGCGGCCGUCGCCUACGACGCGCCCUGGGCUUUGGUCGUCGACGGGUUAGCGGAGGAGCUCGCGCACGCGACGCAGGGCUACGCGUCGCUCUCCGUGCGGUCCUCGCCGACCUACGUCGCCGCGGACGUCGUCAAGGUCGACGUCGCGCUCAACGGCGUCGCCGUCGACGCGCUCGCCUUCGCCGCGGCGCGCGGCGAGGCGCAGCGCCGGGGCCGCGCGGCGGCCGCGCGGCUCAAGGCCGUCGUCCCGCGCCAGCUCUUCGAGGUCGUCAUCCAGGCCCGCGUCGGGACCAAGUCCCUCGCGCGGGAGCGGCUCCCGCCCCUCCGCAAGGACGUGCUGACGACCAAGGCCGGCAAGAACGUCGGCGGCGGCGACGUCACGCGGAAGAAGAAGCUCCUCGAGAAGCAAAAAAAGGGCAAGGCGAAGCAGAAGACCAUCGGCAACGUGAGCCUCGGCCAGGACGCGCUCUGGGCCGUCGUCAGGAGCGGCUAA